AUGAAUCAAAAUAAAUUAUGUCUGUUUAGCACACUGCAAUGGAUGGAGAAGAAUUGUAAGGAUGAAGACACGCAAGGAGAUUUUCGACGUUUUGUUGUGUCGGUGAUCAAGAAAUAUGGCCAACCGGAUUGUCGUUUUUAUAACGAUGAACGAAUGUUGUACGUCGUUCUCUUAAUGGGGCGAAUCAGUCGGUCGAUGGGCCUGAAAGGAGUGCUGGAGCAAGUUCACGAGAGAGGACAAUUUCUUCAUCUCAGCGAGUUCUACGUCCAAUGGGCGAAGGUUUAUGCGGAAGAGAAGGAUCGGAAGCGUUUCAACGAAAUCAAACAAAUGGCCAUCAGAGCAAAGGCUCAGCCACCUUCAAGAAUUGACGAGGCCUUCGGAGCCAUGGAACAAGAGCAUUUCAACGAAGUGGAAUUUGAACCUACGAUGAAUUUGUUCGCAAAGAGUAAACAGUACAACGUACCAGUGGUACCGUCGGUGAGUGCUGCAGCAACAACAACACCAGCACGCUCAACUUCGGUCAAAACGACUUUCAGUGAUUAUCAACAACAACAACAGCGUGCUGUUACUACUAAAAAUAGCAUUGAACAACAUCAAGACAUGCGAUCGACGACGACUAAUGCGUUGUUGAUCGCUGAUGAAAAGAUGUCGCCUGAAGAAAGACUUGCCACCAAAUGCGGAUAUCCAUAUCCACCCGAGGAACAGAGCAGUGAUAUGGAAGAGCACAAUAAGUUGUCCGUGAUAAGUGAAGAGAAGACAGAGUAUCGAAGUGAGAAUGAUGAGCCGAUGUCCAUAGGUACGGCCAGUGUGGACGGGAAUGCAAACAGCAACUUUUCAAAUAGAAAGCAAAUAUACGACGAGAAUGAACGACCGAUGCCAUAUGAUUUCAUCACUCCAGCCAAGAAGAAGGAUUCGACCGCAGAUGAUAUCAUAAUGGAUUCAGCAGCAUCACUAGUAAAGAGGCAACACUCGCACCAGUCAAUACCAACGCCGGCAUCGAAUCGUAAACCGUUAUCAUCAGUGCCUUUACCCACACCGCAAACACCACCUCAUCAAACCAAUAGUGCUGCACCACAACAAGAUUUUCCGAUGUCUUCACCGAUUGAACUAGGCGGUACAUCGUUCACCGAGAAGUUUUAUACAAGAGCAAUGAAAGAAUUCGGUGAUACUCUACCCGUUCAUCCACCUCGUUCAGCAUCAACAGCAUUCGAAAACGAAACAACUGUACUGAAUGAAACUGAAGAUCAUGAAGCAUUGAGUACUAAUCAAUUGACAGCACCGAAAACAACACCAGCGGUAAAUAUGGCAGCACCAACAUUCGACAUCUAUCGAGAAAGUGAAUCGUUCGCAGUGAACGAUACGGAUUUGCAUAUGACGAAUAAGGAUAACGGUGAUAACAACGUGAUGACUGCUCAUAAGGAUUUAUUCACUGAUGAAAAUGAUAAACAUCAAUUGACUGGAAGAUCCGUAAUCAGCAAUGAGGAUAAAAUUAUCAAUUCAGCAAUGGACUUUCCUGAUGGUACGGAUGAGGAAACAGUGGCUGGCUUAUUCAAGAACAAAAGAAGUAAACCGGUCACCUCAACACCAGCCAAUAAUUUGGUACCGCUUCAAGAUCCGAUCAUUGGAGGAGGCUUUAUUCUACCGAGUUCCAACGACGCGGAUGUACAGCUGCCCGUACUCGGAAAAGAUCAAUCCACUAAGAGGAAUGUUGCGGGUGGAUCUUCUGCAUUCGAACGAAAAUUCGGAUUCGCGUCUCAGACUGCGAAAAGCACUCAGCCGACAGCAAAACCAAACGUCACAAAUACGCACUAUCAUUCGCAACCACAACAAGUGAAUCAGUUAACUCCAAUCGUCGAACGCGGUGUGGAAGGUAUCAGAUUGAAUGCUGAUGAAGAUGUUGAUGAACCUACCGGAAGAGGUUUGAGAUCUUCAAUCGAAUCAGAAGUGGAUCCGUGGAAUCGUGAUUUACAAGAUAAGAUAAUGGUUAGCCGCAGGUUAACACCAACUAAUCUACAUGAUUUCUCGGAAUGUCUUCGACGAAUCCAUCCAGGUGCUUCAAUCGUGUUGAGUGGAGAGCGAUUCGAUAUACAAGCACUAAUUGGUGAGGGUGGUUUUGCGAAGGUAUAUAAAGGUUUAUCAGACGAUGGAAAAACGUAUGCGAUUAAGCACGAGGUGCCAGCAUGCCGUUGGGAGGUUUACAUUUGUGAGGCACUAAGACUGCGAUUGCCUGCAGCUAAACUGCCGUCAGUGAUGACCGUUCGAGACGCGUACAUUUACUCGAAUGCAAGUGCCAUUGUCUAUCAGUAUCACCGGAAUGGAAAUCUUCUGGACAUGAUCAACACAAUGAGACAAGAAAACCGCACGUGCUCUGGUCUGCUGGCUGUUUAUUUGGCAUGGCAAAUGGCUAAAAUCAUUCAGUCAGUGCAUCAAGUGAAAAUAAUUCAUGGCGAUAUUAAACCGGAUAAUUUUAUGAUUAUGACGAGUGUUGAUGAGAGAAGCACGUUGGAUGAGAUGAUGCGAGAUGAUUUCUUCAUAUUGAAAUUGAUUGAUUGGGGUCGAGGCAUUGAUAUGGCUGCGUUGGGUGAUCGCACUUUCAAGGGACGAGCUGGAACGGAGACCUUCGACUGUAUGGAGAUGCUGGAUGGCCGUCCGUGGACAUAUCAGACUGAUUUCUUCGGGUUCAUAUCGACAAUCCACGUGCUGAUAUUCGGCCAAUAUAUCAAAACACAUAAAAGUUUACAAACGGGUCAUUAUAGCAUUCAAUCGGUGAUUAAAAGACGUUGGCCUCAAAGAGACAUUUUGCAAGACAUUUUCGAUAUGUGUCUCAACAUCCCCAACUGUAAUUCGCUGCCACAGUGGUCCACCAUUAUAGAUGGUUUGGCGCAUAAUAUCAGGUUAUUUUUAGUUUGUUUUUAA